GCAGAUGCGUCGCUGGUUCGCCUCGCUUGCCAUUCUCGGGCUUUCUUCUCCAGCGUCUGCGGGAAACGGCUACUCGCUAAGCUUUAGCCAGCCCGGCUCGGUGGUCGCGACGCGACGGCUCUACCUCGAUCCUGAUGACUUAGAGCUGCGGCGGAUGGCCAGCGGCUUCACCUUCAUGAUGUGGCUUCGCUUCAACGACCUCACUGCGUCGCGGCCGGCCAUCCAUUGGGGCCUUGGAUGCACCUCUGACGGCAACUUUAUGCAGCCGUUCGCCGGCAUUCACGGAGGGUUCCAGCUCGGCAGCAGCGCGCCCGAGCCGUCGGCCGUCGGCAGCGUAGUGGACGCCACGCAGUGGCAUCACUAUGCGCAGAGCUGGAACGCCACGGAUGGCAGGCGCGUUGUCUACGUCGACGGCGUCGAGGUGAGUAGCGACGCGGCCGGUGACGGCGCCGCGUACAUUGGCGGUGCCUUCCUAGACGACGACGCCUUCAUGUACAUCGGGAUGAACGUGUACCCUCAAAAGUGGGGUCUGGACGAAUUCACGCACGGCAACCCGCAGAUGAGCUUUGACGGCGAGAUAGACGACCUCGCCAUCUACGCUGGCCCUCUCUCCAACGAGUCGAUCGCCGCGCGGGCGCGCCUCGCCGGCGAGGACCUGCUAGGCGACGACUGCCUGUUCCUCUACACCUUUGAUGACGCCAGCCUGGACGUUGUCGCCAACCUUGGCCGGGCUGGGGGGAACGAGACAGCCAACCCGUACGAUUUGCGUUUCGCCCAGUUCCCCAAGCCGCCUGGCGCGGAGGACUUGGGCCGCAAAUUCUCGCGCGGUAGCGGCACGUCGGCCGUGCUGCUGGUGGCACCGUCCCGCAUCCCCAGCUCUCGCACGCACGUCAGCUCCGUCUCCGCGCCGAGUGUCGUCUCGGCGCUGCCCGGCGCAAACGUCACCGUCGAGACUGCCAACGGCCCGCGCCAGAUCACGGCUCCGACCGACGGCAGCACGCUCUUCGAAGGCCUUGACGGCCAGCCACUCGAGCUCGCGAUCACGCAGCUCCCUAGGUUAGGCGACCUGUACCCCUACAACGAGACUAGCGGCGCGGCGCAGGAUGGCCCUCCGAUCACGCAGGUCUACUCGACCUUCAACGUCGGCGACUCCGUGUUUGGGCAGUACAUCUCCGCGGUCAUGAGCUCGAGCUCCUUCUGGGGCAAACCUCCGAGCGUCGACUACCACCCACUCGCAGUCAUUGGCAAGCCCGACUGCGGGACCUACGGCGAGUGCUCCACGAGCGGCGAGUGGGUAUCGGACGCGUCGCGCCCGAUCCCGCCCGGCGUGCUUGCCUACCACGAGGUGAACGGCAUCAAGGCGGCGGCGUACGUGAGAAGCUCGGACGAGGUGAAGGGGAUGGUCGACAUCGACUACGUGCCCAUGUACAAGCGCGACGCGGGCGUACUGCGCCGGUGCCUCAUCGACCCUAGCGUCAAGGUUGACGAGGGCGUCUCCGCCUACCCCGGCGGGUGCAAGUUGGUUGAGGGUCUAUCCUCUCCUGACGAGCCGAUCUCUAAGAGCGGGGUGCCCCGGGCUCAGAUUGUCCCUCUAGCCGCUGGCGUGUGGAGCCCGCUCAAGCAGGGGCUGGUCGACGGGAAUUUGAGCGACCCCGAUACGUCGGUCGCCUUCGGCGCGCAGUUCCUCAUCGACCACCGGCAGCGAGACUUUUACCCGCCGUUCACCGAGUACAUCGACGUGGCGAUCGCACGGCCCGUCUACGUCGUCCGGCUCGAGAUUGGCUCCCCGCGAGGGAUGGGACAGGUCGUAAAGAUCCUGGCCCAGAGUCCGGACGGCUCGUGGGUGGAGGUAUACUCGGGCAAGCCGCAGCGCGAGGUUGCGACGAAAGACCGGCAUUGA